ACGAAUAAAUACUGGGAAAGGCUGAAACCAGUCCUACAACUGGCUACACUUCUGCUGGAGAGCGAACAUAUGAUUGGGUAUAUCGUAGGUAUGCUCGACGUCCCCUCGCAUAAAAAGAUCAGUAUCACGGCGAAGACCCUUAAAAGAUUAGGUGGUGAGGUAUACUGGUUCGAAAGAAAACACAACCCCAGUCAGGUCGAAAGACAAAAGGUGUGGAAGGAUCUCUACGAGCUUGGAAAUAAGAUCAUGUGGACUGAGAAAGAUAUGACUGGCGACAAGCAGGUUCACGGAUACACAACAGGCGACAAGAAGUCACCGGAGAUCGUCCUGGACGAGGAACAUAUCAACAUCAUAUGCAGAGAAGUCUCACCUGUCCAAGAUGCGAUUGAUUGGACUCCUGGCAGCGACGAAGAAUCGGCCAGGUUGAGAGUCAAGUUCAAUCUCGCCACAACAAUGGUUCAUGAAGUCAUGCACGCAUUAUGGCGCUGUCGAUAUUUUCCACAUGUCGAACCAUACUACAGAGAUACUAGACAUGCAGAAUUGGGAUUUCAAUGGGAGCAACUGAUGUACUCAGGUGUCAUCGAAGGUCCGACUACAGAUAGAGGUUUUCCAUAUAUCCUGUCAACUUACCAAUGGCCUGAACCUGAGGAUGAAGAAGACAACAGAGAAGCAUUAAUGAGCCACAAAAAAUGGGGGAGUGGCAACGUCCCACGCGAGUAUGCAGUGGAGAUGAGUUUCAUACAAAACUUCUUCACUCUAGACUUCUGGGAUGAAGUCGAUCGUUACGGUAGCUCGAAUUUCUUCCCGUUGAAAAGACUAGGCGUUCGCACAGUAGGGAAGUUCGAAUACUGGAAAAGCGAGAGUCCAACCAUCAGAGGACCUGCUGACCCGACACCCCAAAGUCCAGACGACGCAGAUGAAAGGGGAAUCAUCAAUCGGCAUUGAGCUUUCUGAACAAAGAUGACAAGAAAAACCGGAUAUGGUAUCUGGCAAUCUUCAUAAAACAAAGACCCACAAUCGACCUCAAAGAACUUUUGUCUUUUUCCGGAAGAUGUUGUGAUUGGGGACUG